GCUAAAAGAGAAAGAAAAGAUAAAUACAUAAAAGAAAACCAUCUCUGUCCCUUACCGAUUGAAAGAGUCCUUGCAGGAGUAACGGUAACUUCGUCAAGUGUCUCUUCACAGUCUCUUCCUCCAAGUGGUAGAUGCAUUGUGGGAAAAGGAAGACAACAAAACUGCAGACGUGGUGCUGGAUUGGUCUGAGAUGACUUUCGUGUUAGGGGAGAAGCCUCUGCUGGUGUGGACGGAGGAGCACUACUUCCUGCCUGUACCAGACGUGACUCAAGUGCGAGUCAGCACUGUGCUUACCGCAGUGGUAGCCCUGCUUAACAGUGGGCGGCGUGGGGCGGCCUACCUAGGCAUUGGACAAGAGGGUCGUGUGGAGGGAAUUAUCUGUCCUGACCACUUGAUAUCUACAUUUGUCCAGGGACUUGUCAACAUCUUGUGGGACACCAUUCUGCCCCACUCUUCUUGUGGAGUAAGGGCUCAUCGCGCAAUUCCAUCAAGACGUGUCGUGGAUGCUUGGGUGGUGGAAAUAAAGACUGCUCCUUCAGUGAAUGCAUAUUACAGUGCUGCAACACAGCCAGACUACCACCAGUAUCACCAGGGAGUGUUGCACAGCCUGCCCUUCUCGAGGUUCUGUCAUGAGAUGGUGGCUCAGGCUGCGCUUCCGUACCAGCAGGAAGUAAAAACACUACAAGAAAAGAUAAAGGAAAUUAAAACACUGUUAGAAGGGCAAUAUGAUGACAUCGUGGAAGAGCAACAUGUGUGUCCUUUAUCUUGGUUUUUGGACUGCCCUUCAGGAGAACAAAAUGAGCUGUUUUAAAUGAGUGUACAACACAGAGGGCAGCACCUGCAGAGAACAGUUGCUGACGUCAAAAUGGCUUUAGUGCUAAAACUUCCUCAUACAAAAGAUUAAAGAAAUUACGACAUUCUGUUGGAGUAAUAAACCAUCAAGACUUUUCUUAUUUCUCAAUUCAUGUGAGGGAUAUGUUCAUGAAGGGAUUGCUUAAUGUGAAAACUGCAAAAGUGAACAUAAAUACUGAACUAAACUGUAUACUGUUGAAACAAUUCAAACAUUGAAAACACCGUCUACUUCAAGAAUUUCAACAUAAAUAAUCAGUCAGU